AUGUCACUACGCCAGCAGCUCCUCGAAACAGCCAAAAGGUACCUCGACGCCCACAAUCAGCGCGACUUUUCAUCCAUCGCCGCUUGUUGCGCGCCAUCCUGUACCCAUCGGGGUGGGCCAUCCUCGGUCAUUCAACCGACUCGCAACAACGACGAGUAUGUCGCGUUCAUUGUCGAGGUCUUCAAGAUGAUGCACACCUACCAUGCCGAGAUGACGGAUGCCAUUGUCGACGAGGCCACGCGCAAGGUUGCCCUGUUCUUGCACGCCAAAGCCACCGCCGAUGCGGGCGAGUACGAGAACGAGUAUAUCAUCACGCUGACCAUGAGCGAGGAUGGGAAGCUGGUGGAGGAUCAAUAUGAGUUUAUCGACAGCCACACCAUGGUGCAAUGGAUAGCCAAGCUGGGUAACUGGGGACCGGAGAAUUGGGAGAAGAAGUGA